ACAGACACCAAAUUUGCUUUUUUGCUAAUCGUUCUGAGCAAAUAAAAAAAAGACAAAAGUCCGUUCCAAUUUUUGGCUCUAAAUCUUCACUGUCGUGUCCUUUGCAGGAUUGUGUGUUCGUGUGUUGCACAGGUCUCUUUAUUUGGCCCCUUUCGCAAGAACAAUUAUGACUCGGCUAACGCGCGAAGCUCCGGCCCGGGCCAACAUUGAACUGGGCGACGUAACGCACCACAAUCUGAAGCAGUUGAAGAAGAUCAACACGGUCGUGCUGCCGGUGUCGUACAAUGAUAAAUUCUAUCUGGACGUGCUGGAAUCGGGCGAGCUGGCAAAGCUGGCGUACUACAACGAUGUUGUGGUCGGUGCCGUCUGUUCCCGUAUCGAUACCUCCGAAAAUAUGCGCCGAUUGUACAUCAUGACACUUGGUUGUCUCUACCCAUACCGGAGGCUUGGCAUCGGCACCGUGAUGGUACAGCACAUUCUGAACUGUGUCGAACGGGACGGCAACUUCGAUAGCAUAUUCCUGCACGUGAAGGUAGACAACAAGGGUGCGAUCGAGUUUUACAAACGGUUUGGUUUCGAAAUAGUGGAAACGAAACAACACUAUUACAAACGAAUCGAACCGGCGGAUGCACACGUGCUGCAGAAAACGCUUACGAAAAAGGCGGCAGUGGCGGCCGCGGCAGCAAAUAGCAAUCCCUCGCACCAUCACUGUUCGGAAUCGGACGAACACUUUCAGGUUGCGAAUGGAGAUAGUCAUGAGGUACCGGAGGCUGGUGAAGCUGCCCAGAAUCCACCGGCCGACGUAAACGUUAACAAUCAUUCGAGCAUUCAAAACUCGACCUCACAACAAACGCCGCAAGCCGCGGAAAAGAACCGAUAAAGCACUGAUGGGCAAUCGUCUCGAGUAACGCAUUUGCGCACCAUCUACGAAAGAGAACAAAAUAGAAAGCCGUAUCCUUCAUCCAACCGUGAAAGCAAAUAGCUACGACUAGGGUUUAUGUCGGGAGGAACAUGUCCUUCUGUAAAGCUCGUUUGUGACGGCAGCACCACUUUCGCGCUGGUCGAUGAUGAGUUGUGUCCGCUAUUGGGAUAGCGGAAUCGUUCUAUUUGUUAAAUUGUACAUCCAAUGAUGAUGAUCGUUGCUGCUGCGAUCGAUGAUAAGAGAACCAUUUCCCCCUUCCCGCCCAUCCCAUACAACCAUCCACCAAUCAUCAUUCGCCUUGUUACAUUGUAUUUUUGUGUGUUUUCCUGCCCUUCCUAGCUACCCCUGCCUAUUUGUUUUUCGUGAUGAAAAUUGUGCAAAUAUUGUGAGUGAAAUAUGUGUUCUUAGCCUGUUAAAGUCCGGCCCCCCGGCGGCACCCUUUUCCCCGAUCCCUAUUUGUUUGUGUUUCUGUUUGUAGUACUCAUCAAUAGUUAAGCGUAAUAGUAACACGACUGUAUGGCCCAAAAUUGCUAACACAAAGUGAACGAAACAUCUUAUAAAUCUUACCUAGGACGAAUAAAGUUUAUCACGAUAACACGUAAGUGAUCGUAGCGAA